AUGUCGUCGGAAGCCAUCUCUCGCCAAACUCCCAUUAACGGGACUAUUCAGCAAAUAGUCAAGCCUGGGAACCAGACCGGCUUGUACUACAUCACGGUCUCGAAUUUACCGUGGUCUACAUCUUGGCAACAACUUAAAGACCAUGUGCGAACUAUCUGCGAGGUAUUCCGUGUCGAAGUGUUUAACGAUAGUACCUCCGGCUGGGUCUGCCUACAAGGUCGAGAGAACUUCGACGCAGCCUUCCGUUUACUCAACGGUGGCGUCUUCAAUGGAAGAGCGCUCUUCGCCGAUGGCAAAAAUGCCACCGAGCCGGUCUGGAUCAAGGAACUCGUCCCCGCCGGCAGCGGAUCAUCACCGAGAACGCCACGUACUUCGAGGCCCACACCACCUCCUGGUACACAAGCCAUGGUAUCGCCAACCACUCCCGGAUAUGAUUGGACUACCACUGCCGCCAGGACUACGGCGAUGGACUACGGUACCUACGCCGCACCAGUGUCGAUGCCACUCGAUUACGGCGCGGCUACGUACCAUAACUACGCGUCGAACGGCAGAUACUACGAUCAGUCAGCCUAUGACCACUCAGCCGUGGCAAUCCCUGUGAGCCAGUAUCCUCACGACACUAGCUACCAGCAUCAAUACCAAGCGGAAGACUACCGGAAUAACGGCUAUAGUACGUACACCAACGGUACGUCUGCUCCGGGGUCCGGGGUCUCCCGAUCCAGCGGAACCUCCACCGCCACGGUCCCCACCAGAAGGCGGAAGAUCAUCAUGAAGCAACUCCCUUCCUGGGCCACAUACAAUCAGGUACAGCAUCUCGUCCGCCAGAAGGCCGGCUCCGAUGCUGAUAAGCUUCAGCAAAUUGACCUGCCCCUAUCCAACGGCCAGGAAUCGAACCGGGGCUACGCGCUCGUCACCUUUGAGAACGAGGACGCGGCCAACAAGGUGAUCCGGAAGCUCAACGGCUACGAGUACGACGGCCGCACCUUGCGGGUCGAACACACCAAGGAAGGCGUCUCGGCCAACGAGUCUUCUUCUUCCCGCUCCAAGGGUUCCUCCGGCCACCAUACCUCCUCCUCCUCUUCCCAUCACCGGGAAAGGCGUGACGACAGAGAUCGACGGGACAAGAAGGAGAGCACCAAGGUGUCCAGCUCCAGCGACAAGAAGACCCAGUCCCACAAGUCCCACAAGUCCAACGUGAUCAUCGCCGACGGCUCGUCCUCUUCGUCGAAGAAGUACGAAGAGAAGAAGUCCGGCAGGAAGCACUAA